CGAUUCAGCUUCCCCGCGGAGUCAUACGUCCUUCUCAGGAGCACUUCAGCGUCCCCGCGCUGCGCCACGCGACCGCGUCGAGCUCUCACCUCACUCCGGGCGUAGGCUUGCUUCAGCCGAUCGCUGAGCUUCUACGCCCCAAUGGCCGGCCGACCAGGAAAGACCGCCCCGCGCUUGGUCGAAGACUUGUUCAACUAUGAUCCCCGUCAGCGCGUCCGCUCGGGGCGCAACAUCCUCACGGAUGCGCCGCCGCAAUUCGACGAAAAGAAGCCGCCCAUGUCGGCUGUUCCCGGAGGAAGCUGUCGCCACAAGCACAGGAUGUACGACAAGAUGUUCAUGAAACCGGACCAGUGCCUGAAUCCUCUGGCGGAUGAGUCCCCAGAUCACACUUCUGCCUACAAGGUCGCUUCGUACUGCGCGAUCUGCCGCUACCAUUUCACGGUUAUAACGGACUUCCGCGAAGGACCCUGCUUUAGACCUUGCCCAAAUGAUGAGUUCAAGCAGCAUCAUUUCAUCCACAUUUCCAGCAACGUCCGGGGCGCUCGCGCGCAAGACUAUGGUCCAACCGAGCUACACCAGUUCAAGUGUACAAGUGAACAAUGCGGUGCGGUGGUCAAGAUAAGCGUCACACCUCCGCGGAUUACCAGGGAGCAUGAACGUCUUCUAUCAGACUACAACGUCCUACAGGCGCGCUUAAGGGCCGCUCGAAAGAUUGGUCCAGAUCGUCCUGAUCUUGAAGCGGCGCGUCCCGUAGAUCCACUCUACAAUCUAUAUGCUUACAUUCGCGAUUCCUUGGCUGGCAAGCCUGGAAAGAUUCCUGCUUUGAACAGGAAAUUCCUUGUUUCUUUUGGCCAAGAGUGCGAUGAGUUGCUAGAGGAUGUAGGCUUCAGGAAAGAGGUGGAUGAGAAUACCAAGACUCUAUCCUGGCAUGCGCCGCACGUUUCAAGUAAUGAGAACAUCUUGGAAGGGGAUCCCGUAUGGGAGCGCCUGGACGAUAUUCGCCUGGAACUGAUGGUACUGAUCGACAAGCAACCUGGACCUGUAAAGCAGACAUUGAAGAAAUUUGCGUACCAACCUCAACCUUCAAGGGAGAUGGUGGCAAAAGCGCUUGGGUCCUUCAAUUAUGAUCGAAAGCCGAACUCCAGGAGAGAAGAGGGCGAGGAAGAUCACCCGUACUAUGCUGGCCUUGGUGCUGUUGGAGAUUUUUCCGAUAGCCUGCUGGAGUUUGCAUACAAACGCCAAGUUGCGACGGAUCCCCUGAACCUUCCUUACUACUUCGAAUGCCUCCAGGAUCUCGCCACAGGCCGGAAUAGCCCAGAUCUCGAUAUGCUACGGGCCAUAGAAGAGUCGAAAGGAUACGUCAGUCGCAAAGACGCAUCACAAGCAUGCUCUUAUUUUGGGUUUGACAUUGCAAACAUUAACGAACUAGACGAUGACUACAUCAUCUCCUGUUUCAAAUCUCGCAUGCAGGACACAAGCCCAACGCUUGAACAAGAUGUACGGCAACAAUUGCUCAAGAUAGGCCAAUACAAGCAAAGUCAGACGAUCAAGGAUGCUGCAUCCGAUACUCUCGAGACUUACGACCAGGCUUUGUCUUGGAUCGGUGGUACAGCAGACAUGGCAGACGAUUCAAUUGUCGCUCUUGCCGGCGCAAAGAGGUCUGAAUCUGGCGACGAAGCAAAGGUAACACAAGCCAUCAAGAUCAUCGCUGAGUAUAGGAAGAGCGACGAACUUAUGGGUUGGUUGACAACCGGCGAGAUCAACACUCAAGAUAUGGAGAUACAGAAGGCUUGGAGCCUUCUUGGGAUGAGCUAUCCCAAUGACAAGCCUGAUCUCGAAAACCUUGACUUCCAUAUCGAUCAGUUCAAGCAAAUCAACCCGGCACAAGCUACUGAAAUCGACCGCGCAGCGGCAAUUGUGAGGAAGUAUGCUGGAAAUCCCUCAGCAAGCGCACAUGUUGCACCAGCCCAUCCGCCUGCCGAGUGGCCAGUGGGCAUUCAAAACCUUGGAAACACUUGCUACCUGAAUGCUAUCCUCCAGUUUUUGUUUACCAUUAAGCCCCUUCGUCAAUGGGUGCUGAACAUAGACCAGCAUCUGAUGGAAAUAACACCGGAAAACAUGAGGAAGAAGAAAGUAGGGAAUUUACCUGUCACCGAAGAGGUGGUGAAGAGAUCUCAAGACUUCGUGCGCGAGUUGCAACAACUGUUCAAGGACAUGAUAUCUGCGCCCGGGUCUAUCGCCCAUCCCCGGAGCCAGUUGGUCGAACUCGCACUGCAUGCUCCGACCGAGGCCAUUCGCCCCUCGGGUACUGAUGCGGAUGUCCCCUCCGCUUCGGAAGUGGUUAGUGACAGCAAAAGUGACGAAACACUUGUUGGCGACAUGGAUGGUAAUGACAGUAUGCUCCAGGAGAAUCCUGUUGUUGUUAAAGAUGCCGAGAUUGGUCCAACGCAACCCGACCAAGAAGUCCUUCCUGAUGCGCCGUCGGGUUCAGACACGAAAGAUUGCCAAGCAACUCCGGAACAAGAAGUCUCGGCUACGACGCAAGAACCUGCCGGGCCAACGAAUGCAAACGCCGCAAUACCUCCUCCGGAUCAUCCACCGCCAGUUCCUCCUCGGCCGAAUACUUUACCGCAGAAGACUGAGCCUCCCAAGAACCAGCGUAACUUGCAGCAAGAUGCUUCGGAGAUUCUGAGCAACAUUUUGUAUCAACUGAGCUGCGCUAUCCCUGCCGAAGGCCAUACGAAGGAUGGUGAACAGCUCGAUAUAAUCAAAGAUCUUUUCUUCGGGCAAGAACGUGUUACGAAUCUGAAAAAAGAUGGCACUGUGGCCUAUGAAACGACAAUGUUCGAGAGCGAAAGCGUUACUGUCGUCGAAAAGCCCAAGGGAAUCUAUGAAGCUAUCGAUGACUCUCUCGACAAAGCAGCAGUGGAAGGCGACAGCGAGGUGGCAGAGAGAUACACGACACUCCUGCAUGUCCCUCCCAUCCUCAAGUUCGACGUCAAAAGACUGGGUUUCGACAGAGUGAAGCAGACUGCUGUACGCUCAGAACAUCACCUAGGCUUGGAGGAGAUCAUCUACAUUGAUCGUUACCUCGAUAAAGAAGAAGUGUUCAAGAGAAGAGAGAAGGCUUGGCAUCUGAAGAAGACUCUCGCAUCCUACAAAGAGCGGAGGAAUAAGCUUGUCUCGACGCCCGUUGAGCUUGCGGUUCCUGAUGCACUCCAGGCUGCAUCUGAGCUAAUCUCUAACAUCCAAGAGCUGGACAGCGGAGAUGAGAAAUCGUUGGAAACCCCAGUCUCUGACGAACCAUCGCAAAAGCCACUUGUUGAGAAACCACUUUUGGAUGAGCUGGCCACCAAGGCGUCUUCCGCUCGAGGCGAGAUCAAGCAAUUGGAAGAUGCUAUAAAGAAGACCGAGGACGAAAUUGUCCCACUUUUCGAAGACAUGACAUCCGAACCGUACAUGCUACACUCUCUCUUUAUUCACCGCGGCGGUGCCAGCAGUGGUCAUUACCUUGUAUCGAUCCGCGAUUUCGAGCGCAACAUGUGGCGCAACUACAAUGACGAGACCGUCACUGAAGUGACCGACGUUGAGAAGAACAUCUUCGGAAUAGGCGAGCCGUACGCUAAAAUUCUCCCGACUUGCGUCGUAUACGUGCGUGCAGACCUCAAGCAUAAAGGCCAAGACCUCAUCGAGGCACUCUGUCGAGCUCCGAACGAGGACGUCACGAUGGGAGAGAACGAGAAAGUAGACGAGCUGCUAGUGACGGAGGGAAUGGAUCCAGGAGCAGAGGCUGGGUAUGCAACCACGAACGCAAACCCAGCGCCGAGCCACUGAACGCGGUGACUCUUGCAGUUUGAAAUGAACAGCUUUCGCUGGUCCCAGCAAUGUGUUGUUGAAACCACUGAAGCUGACACAAAGGCGCAACAGUGUGCAGGCGGAUAAUUAUGAAGCGGCUGCUGUGUCGCCGACGCAUUCUGAUCUAAUC